GGGCCGUGGGCCGCAGGGAGCGGACGAGCCGAAGGGGGGCGCUGCUGGGCGGCACCGUCGGCCCUGCGCGGAGUGGUACGUCCCGCGGGCCCCCUCCUCCCGCACGCAGUGGUAUGAGCCGCGGAGGAGGAUGGCGAAGCGUCAGAGUAAAGUUGGCAGUUAGUUAAGUAAUCAAAGAUGGCAUCCUACUUAGCACAAGAAGUUCAGCUUGCUAGAAGACAUGACAAGAUACUGUCUCAGAGAUCGGUAUUGCUACAGCAGAUGGAGAAUCAUCUAGGAGACAAAAAGACUGAAAAGACAUUGCAAACACAAGCAGCUGAUGCAGCUUAUAAAAGAAAUGCAGCACUUUUAAAUGAUAUAGAAGCAGCAGAAAAGAGGCUGCAAGCAAGAGUAUACCUACAGCCACAUCCUGAUAUUGUUAAGCUUGAAACUCUCUAUUGGGCAUCAGUAGAAGAAUCUAUUCCUAAGUGGGAGCAGUUUCUUUUAGGAAGAGCACAAAUGCCUGUUGGUUUUGAGAAAAAGAAAUCUACAAAGUAUAACAUAAGUCUCCCAGAAGGAACUGCACAAAGAUAAAGAGAGAACCUUUGACUUCAAUGGGCAAAAUAAUCCUAUCCAGACAACAGUGUGUGAGGCCAUUAAAUUGCAAUUCAAAUUUAUGUAUAUGAAAAUGAAUCAUGUUUGAUGGGUUUUUUCCAGUUGUAUCUGUGUGGAAGAGUUCAGCUAAACUGUAGUUUGCCAGCUUGAGGAGGCAUAGAAUAACAUUUCUCCUUGUGGGAGGAACAGUCCUUGAAAGUGACCUUAUAAAAUCAGAAGUUAGACACUGAUCUGUGGAAGCCCACCAGUACAAUUGCCUCUUUAAGAUGAAAAGUUUUUAGGUUAUGUAUAAUCCUUCACUUUUGUAUUUUUAAGUACCUUGUAUAUGAAUCUACCUUUAUCUUCUUGAACCUCCUUGGCUGUGGGAGGAAUUUACUCUAGGAAAGGCAGGCAAUUUACAUCAGGCUGAGGGGGAAGCUUUAGUUUAUGGCUGGUAUCCUCUAUAGGAGCCCAGUAGUAAAGGGUGGAGAGGGCACAUAUUUAAUCUUUGUCCCCUGUUUUCCCUGAUCAUGUUAGUGACACUGAUUGGGGGGGGGGGAGGAUGGGGAGGGGCUGUGUUGGUCUUGCCCAUAAGCAAUUGCAGUUUCUGUUCCAUUAACCACUGCUGCACACUCUUCCCCUAGCAGACUUCCCAUAUUAGGUUCUGUGCCUGGUUUGCGAAAGCAGAAGCCAAUGUGAAUUUGGGUUGAAUCCAGCCAUGAAAUUCAUUUUACAGACAUUGAAGUAACAAACAUUAGUAUUAUAUUUUGACCAUGCUUCCUUUGUAGUUUUUAAGACAUUGCUUUGUGUCACUUUCAUUUUGUUAAUUUAAGCCAGAGACAUAAUUUAUGGAUUAGGGCAUGAGAGGUGGGGAAGAACCAGACAGAAAGUCAGCCCAACUGAGCAUCCCAAAGAUCCAGAUCCUGGAAUAAGAAGGAGGGGCACUUGCUUGCUAUCUCAGAUCGAGGACAGUUUCUCAGCCUCUGGCUACAAACAUGGAAGGCCAGCUGGUGUUUUUUUGCUUGCAUAUUGUUAAUUAUUUGUAUUCUCUAAGUGCCUAGAAGCCUUUGUCAUGGAUCGGGACUCCAUUGUGCUAGGUGCUGUACAAAUACAGAACAAAAAGACAGAUAGCCCCAGAUAGCUUACAGUCUGAGGCCAACCCCUUGGUAAAUUAGUGUGCCUGGGAGUCACCGUCCAUUGCUUUCUCAUGUUUGUAUUUAUUGAAAGGCCCAAUUCAGAGAGAGAACUUUUCAAGUAAAUUACUUAGAGGUCUUUGUGCUUUUUCACUCUUCCAUAGCAAGGAAGCACGAUGGACUUUUGGGGGGGGGGUUUCCUCCAGAAUUGGGACUCGAGUCAAGAGGAUCAAUAGAAACCAAUUUCAAUAAAGGGUGGUUACUACUUCCCUAGGGCAAGAAGAAUUCAUGUACACAGUUAUGAAAUGUGGCUAUGCAAACCACUCCAGGCAUCUAUAGGCUAACCAAAUUAAUUACCAGGAACUAUUAGGAAUGAUGAGCCCUCACCCCCUUAUUUGCUGUUAGGGGUUUGUCUUUCCCCUACCUUCCCAUUAAGUGUGUGUGUGGGGGGGGGUAACCUUGUCCCUAUAUCUGAUUUUUGUGUUAUGGGUGUAUGAUCUAACGGCACCUUUCUUCUACUCCAUGACCAACCUCUACAUAAGUGUCACAGCCAUUUACACUGCUCCAUAAGGAAAGUGCACCUUCCGAAUUGUGCACCUAGAGCAUUAUGUGAAUUUAAUUAAUCAAAUAGGAUUUAAUUAUCCAGUGCUGACUGGCUGUUAAUGAGGAAUUCAUUGCCCCUCAGAAGAGGGAGUAGCCUCUCCAGCUGGAGACCACAGGAAGUCUGAACAGUUUGCAAGGGCCAACACCUGCAGAAGCUAUUUUCUGCUAGAUCAGGCUCUUAGUUUGCUGAAUUUAAAUCACUCAAAGAUUCAUCCAAAAAAAAAAAUUCCUCCCAGCUGCACUUUAAAAUGAUUUUACAUGUUCAAAGUUUAUAUGAAACUUUUUCUAUUGAAGUGUCCAUUAAACUGAUAAGUUUUUACAGAAACUGCCAUGUUAGAAAUAUCCUGUCGAGUGGGUGUUGGUGUUUGUAACAAUAACGUUGUUUUCAUAAUAUGUGAUGGCAGAUUAGCACGCUUCUCUGCAGUGUUGUUAACAGUUGUAAUUAAGGAAUAAACAGUAAAGGGUGUCAGUCCGAUGACAAUUCCAUCUAUAGUGUCACAAUACAAAAUGUCACAAAAUAUUAGAACUGUUAUAUAACUACAAAAAUAUCAAAUUAGGCUUUCAUCUUAGAAGCAGAAAGCUU